GCGUUUCUGGUGAGACCAACCUUUGGUUUAGGGUGGGGAGGAACCGCCUAACAGGCCGCUGUAGGCUCCCGAGGCCAGCAGAGACGCUGAGAGGGCUUUGCUAAGACAUCGUGCGCAGACGGCUGGAAGGCCCGACGCAGCGGCUGCUCUGGAUCUGCUGAGCAGCGAGAUCAGAGGCCAUGACUUGGCUCCUUUCCAGAGCAGGGGCUCUGGCCAUUUUAAUGGUGAUCGUAUUGGUUCAUGGAGAAUUGAGAGUAAAGACCAAAGGCCAGCACAGAGAAGAGAACGCCAUACAACAAGCCAAAAGGAGAUAUAAGCGUGAGUGGGUGAAGUUUGCAAAACCCUGCAGAGAAAGAGAAGACAACUCAAAAAGAAACCCAAUUGCCAAAAUUACUUCAGAUUUCCAAGCAACCCAGAAAAUUACCUACCGAAUUACUGGAAUGGGAAUUGAUCAGCCCCCUUUUGGAAUCUUUGUCGUUGACCGAAAUACUGGAGAAAUUAACAUAACAGCUAUAGUUGAUCGUGAAGAAACCCCCAGCUUCCAGAUCACAUGUCACGCUCUAAAUGCCUUAGGACAAGAUGUUGAGAAACCACUUAUAUUAACUGUCAAAAUUUUAGACGUCAAUGACAACGCGCCAGUAUUUUCACAAAGUGUAUUCACGGGUGAAAUUGAAGAAAAUAGCGCUUCAAACUCACUGGUGAUGAUACUAAACGCCACGGAUGCAGAUGAACCUAACCAUUUGAACUCUAAAAUUGCCUUCAAAAUAGUCUCUCAGGACCCUGCAGGCACAUCCAUGUUCCUCCUGAGCAGACACACUGGGGAACUCCGGACUCUGACCAAUUCUCUUGAUCGAGAGCAAGUUACCAGCUAUCGCCUGGUUGUGAGUGGUGCAGACAAAGAUGGAGAAGGACUAGCAACUCAAUGUGAAUGCAGCAUCAAGGUGAAAGAUGUCAACGAUAAUUUCCCAAUAUUCAAAGAAUCCCAGUAUUCAGCACGUAUUGAGGAAAACACUUUAAGUUCUGAGUUGCUUCGAUUUCAAGUAAUAGAUUGGGAUGAAGAGUUCACCGAUAAUUGGCUUGCAGUGUUUGACUUUACCUCUGGAAAUGAAGGAAAUUGGUUCGAAAUACAAACUGAUCCCAGAACUAAUGAAGGCAUCCUAAAGGUGGUUAAGGCUCUGGAUUAUGAACAACUACAAAAUGUGCAAUUUAGUAUUGCUGUCAAAAAUAAAGCUGAAUUUCACCAAUCGGUAAUCUCUCAAUAUCAAGUCCAGUCAACCCCAGUCACGAUUCAAGUAGUAAACGUGAAAGAAGGAAUUACAUUCCAUCCUGCUUCCAAGACAUUUACUGUGCAGAAAGGCCUAAGUAGUACAAAACUGGUCAAUUACAUCCUGGGAACAUAUCAAGCCACUGAUGAAGAUACUGGCCAGGCAGCCACAUAUGUCAAAUAUGCCAUGGGACGUAAUGAAGGUGGUUUGCUAAUUAUUGAUUCAAAAACUGCUCAAAUCAGAUUUGCCAAAAACAUCGAUCGGGACGUUUCUUUCAUAGUUAAUAAGACAAUCACAGCUGAGGUUCUGGCCAUAGACGAAAACACAGGUAAAACUUCGACAGGCACCAUCUAUGUUAAAGUACCUGAUUUUAAUGAAAAUUGUCCAACAAUUGUCCUGGAAAAGAAAGCAAUCUGUAGUUCGUCCCCUUCAGUGGUGGUCUCAGCUCGAGUAUUGGGCAAUGAUAAAUACACGGGCCCCUACACAUUUUCAGUGCAUGAGCAGCCUGUGAAACUGCCAGUCGUCUGGAGCAUCACAACACUGGAUGCUACCUCCGCACUUCUGAGCACCCAGCAGCAGCCGAUCCCUCCCGGAACAUACAGAGUCUCCCUCGCAGUGACGGACCCUCAGGACAGGCGGUGUGAGACCCCAGAGAGCUUGGCUCUGGAGGUCUGCCAAUGUGACAGCAGGGACGCCUGCGAGACCUAUGAUCCCAGCACGGACCCUGACGUCCUGCACGGGGAGAGGUCCUGGGCGAAGCUGGGGCCCGCCGCCAUCGGCCUGCUGCUGCUCGGCCUCCUGCUGCUGCUGGUGGCCCCCCUUCUGCUGCUGACCUGUGAUUGUGGGAUGGGCCCAAUUGGGGGAGUGACGGGUGGAUUUAUCCCAGUUCCUGAUGGCUCAGAAGGGACAAUUCAUCAGUGGGGAAUCGAAGGAGCCCACCCUGAAGACAAGGAAAUCACAAAUAUUUGUGUGCCACCUAUCACUGCCAAUGGAACUGAUUUCAUGGAAAAUUCUGAAGUUUGUACAAAUACAGGUGCCAGAGGGACAGUGGUGGAAGGAGCUUCCGGAAUAGAGCUGAUCACUAAGCUUGGAGCGGCUACAGGGUCAGGAGCAGCUGCUGGACUUAGCAUCAGCACUGCAGGACAGCCUGGCAUGGUGAGAGCAAGGCACUCCACUGGAGGAACACAUAAGGACAACAGCGAAGGAGCAAUAAGCAUGAAUUUCCUGGACUCCUACUUCUCUCAGAAAGCAUUUGCCUGUGCAGAGGAAGACGACGGCCGGGGGGCCAGUGACUGUUUGCUGAUCUAUGACAACGAAGGGGCGGGCGCCCCCAGUUCUCCCAUUGGCUCCCUGGGCUGCUGCAGUUUUAUUGCCGACGAGAUGGAUGACAGUUUCUUGGACUCACUUGGCCCCAAAUUUAAAAAGCUUGCAGAGAUAAGCCUUGGGAUUGAUGAUGAAGCCCAGCCCACUCAGCCGCCGGGGGGAGAGGGUGGUCCUGGGGACGCCUCCUGGGGCUCCUGGGAAGUGCAGCAGUCAGAAUCCAGUCGCGGUCAGGGUAUGUCAGGCAGCCAAGGAGCUUCUGCUUUGUCCGCUUCUGGCUGUGUCCUCCAACCAGCCAUCUCCAUCCCUGACCCAGGGCAGCAGGGUAGCUAUAUGGUGACAGAGACUUACUCAGCCUCUGGGUCCCUUGUGCAGCCCUCCACUGCAGUCUUUGAUCCACUUCUCAUGCAAAAUGUAACAGUGACAGAAAGAGUGAUCUGUCCCAUUUCCAGUGCUCCUGGCACCCCAUCUGCUCCAGCAGAGCUACGAGGGUCACGUAAUAUGGCCUGUACAGAAGAUCCUUGUUCCCAUCUGAUAUGACCGGAAUGAACUGAAAUAACAUACUGGCCAAAUAUGGAUAUUUGGACCAAAUUAUUCAAAACAGCAUAGCAGAGCUCACAGUAUUGGUCUAAUUUGGCAUUUAUUUGCUACUCUGAUAAACUGACCAUGAUUAGUUCAAAUUUUUCAAUUCACACCCCAAAACUAGAUAUGUUGUCACUGCUACUCCUCAAAUAAUAUUCAAGUGGUAGUAAAUUUUAAUGUUUUUUGAAAAAUCUUAAGCUCAGAUUCAGUGGGAAAAUUUCCCAACAGUAUUUAGACUUUUAUUUUUGCAGUGCCAAAGAAAAGUGUUUAUCACUUUAAAAUGUGAGGGUUUUAGUGGAUUAAACCCUUAGAGUCAAGUGCCCCACUUCUUGUCCCUGUCCCCUUUUCUUACACCCUUAAUAAUGACACGAGAGUCAUAGGUCUUCGCUAAAGCGUCGUGAGCUGCUUGGAAAAAAGGAAAUGCUCCCGCUGCGCUUUUCCCAUCUUCCUGGUGUGGGGAGACCCUAGCACAUCCUGUUCAAGCUAAGGGCUGUCGGCUCAUGCAUCAAACUUGCUGUAUGUAUAUUCUGCAUACUCCCACAGUAAGACAAUUUUAAAAUAGAAGUAUCAUAGGACAUUUAGGGGAGUUUAGUAUGGUGUAAAUAUUAUGAGUGUUUUUUUAAAUCACUUUGAAAAGAUUUAUGCAAAGAAAAGUUUCAUACUGAGCUCCCUCCUGCACGUUUCUCAAUAACAAACCUGUGUUAAUGGUCUUUGAAAAUUACUCUUUAUUUUUUAAAUGUCAAUGGGUAGAUGUAACAGACAUUUGACAUAUAGUGAUGUUUAUUGUGUUAACAAUGUCUGCGCACUUUGUGGAAAUACAAACCAUGACUUUUCUCACAAGCAAAAGAGACCUCUGCCUAGAAUAACACAUGGUGAGAUGUAUGAAUAUGUAUUAUAAGCAGCAUUUCAGGUCAAAAAGGGAUAUGGGAGGGGAUUUUCAGUAGCCUCUGUUAGUUAUUAAGCCUUACUCUUUUUAAAUUAAACAGCUGUGGAAAUUUAAUUCUUGAGCAUAACAAUGUAAGGUCACAAAGGUGUGGAAUCUGUCACUUCAUAUGUGUUACUGCAGUCAUGAUGCAGUUCUUCCAAUCACUUACGGCCAUUCAAGAUCUUUAGCCUUUGGCCCACAGAGAGCCCCACCUCAUUACUGACAUUAUUAUCUUAGCGGAGUCUUUACAAGGUCAUCGUCUAGCUCUAUUACCUCUAACUGUACAGAAAAUACUCUUUUCUGGUUUUUUCCAUAGUCAAAUUCCAUAUGUGUUUUUCCAGAUGGAAUGCAAAGUAAUAAACUGUUUGUGUUUAACCCAGAGGGAUGCAGUUCUAAGGGUACCUGGGGGCGUGAGACCCCCUAAAUGUACCUACAUUUAGCAUCCUUCCCCCUUCCUGGCACCAUGGCUACCUGGAUGACACAUGCUAGGCCAGCCCCAGAGGCACAGGCCACCUGUUCUUCCAAGCCGAGGGGGGCCAGCAGGGCCAGCAGUGUGCCCCUGCCAAGUAAGGAGCAGCCUGGCAGCUCCUGUGGAGGUGGCCCCGCUCUCCCCACCGGAGCCUCUCCUCAGCAGAGCUCGCGUGGGGGUCUGGGGCACACACACUUGGUAUGUGCCUCUGUUGAUGCAGGAGAAUUAAGUUAGUACCAUAAUAACCCUUAUUCUAAGUUCAAAAGUGUUUUCAGGAUUCUUUAAGUAUUUUAACAUUGCCUCUCAAAGCCCAAUAUAUCCUGAAAUGAGAAUUUUGCGGCAUGUCAAACUGCACAGGAAACCAUGCCAUCAUAGGCUUUGUAAGGGAAAAACCCAAAGUAAGUGUGUUUUAAAAUAAAAAUAGAUCAAUCUGUCUAGGAGGACCUAAAAUUGAUUUACCAUGUAAAAUUAAACCCAAAGCAAAAAUGUAUCUGUAUUUUUUCACCAAAAAUAAAAAUUGUUUUAAGCAGAAAA